AUGCACUGUGAUUAUGGUUUUUUUUAUGACUGGGGAAAAGGAACCAUGGUCACUGUUGCAUCUGACCCCCCCACGGCCCCCUCGGUCUUCCCGGUCAGACCCUGCACUUCUGAAUCUGGAGACACGGUGACGCUGACGUGCCUGGCCACCGGCUUCCGUCCCGCCGCUGUGUCUUUCUCCUGGACGCAGAACGGCGGCGCGCUCAGUGACUCGCUGCAGUAUCCGGCUGUGCUGAAGAACAAGCUGUACUCCGGGGUCAGUCAGGUCCGGGUCCGGCGCCAGGACUGGGACCUGCGCCACUCCUUCAAGUGCAGAGUGGAGCACGAGGGCGGCUCCAAGGAAGUGGACUUUAUCAAAGCAGAUGAAACCAUUCAAUUGCCGAGCCUUAAAAUAAUGUCAAUGGAAGAAAGCAAUCAAGUCACCUUCUCCUGUCUGGCAAACGAUUUUGUCCCCAACAUCUUUGAGUUUAAAUGGCUGAAAAAUGGAAAAGUGGUAAAAAACGCGAGCCUGGAGUUCACCACACCCUCCACGGCCGUGAGCUCCGACGACGGGACCAGGUUUUCAGCCGCGAGUUUCCUGACGCUGCCCAAGGAGACCCUGGUCGACGAUACGAGGAUGACGUGCGAGUUCAGCCUCCAGCGAGGGGCCAAGAAGCAGCAGGUGGAGUCCGUGCUGGAGUACAGGACCAGAAAGUGCAGCACGCAGGAAGGUUUUGACAUGAAAAUCAUCCCGCCCUCUUGGGAAGACUUGUUGCUUAAGCGCAAUGGGGAGGUCCGGUGUGAAGUGACGUUCCCAAAGGCCAGCUUAGUGAGCAGAGAGGUCAAUCUGUCCUGGAGGGAUGAGAAGAUGGGUGUGCUGAUGACCCCCACUGACCCCGGGGCCCAAAUCAAUGGAAAACGCAUCAUUCUCCCUCUGGAUAUCACGUUUGAAGAGUGGAACAGUGGCGUCCGGCGCACCUGUCUGCUGGACCACGGCGAGCUGCUCGAGCCACUCAAAAGAGUCUAUGAGAGGAAGGAUGUGGUCAAGUCUCUGAAACCUCCCUCCAUAUUCAUGCUGCCCCCUUUAAAACAAACUAGGGAGGGCGUUAACCACCGGCAGCAUGGAAGCAAAUCGCCCUUCGAGGCCUACAGCCGCCUGAGCGUGCCCCUGAGCGAGUGGGACGUCCCAGAGCGGGCGUACAGUUGCCUGGUUCACCACGAGUCCGUAGAGCAAAACAAAAGCUACGUCAGGUCCAUCACGCAGAACUCUCCGCAGCAGACAACCAUGGUCAACCUCAACAUGCGGAUCUCGGACCGGUGCAAGGCCCAGUAG